AUGGCGGCGCAGCACGGCGCCAUGGACCCGUCGGCCUACGCCAUGGCCUACGCCGCGCAGAACGGCGUCAGCAGCGCGGGGCUCCUGCAGGACCUCGCUGCGGAGAGGGCGAAGCCGUCCAUCGUAGAUGAGGAGGACGGGGACGACGAGAGCGUCGAGGACGACGAGUGCGGCGAGCUCCUCACCACGUGCAUCGCGCGAUGGGCCGGUGGCGAGGCCGCGGCGCAGGAGCCGCAGGCCUCCAGCCGCUACUCCGGGCGCCUGGCGGCCACCUCGCGCCGCGCGCGGUACCGCGCCAGCAUGGCGCCUCUGCGGGCCAUCAUCGACGAGCUGCUGGAGGAGGUGACCUCCGAAACUUCUCGAGACAUGGCGCGGGACAUCUUUGUCAAGGUCCGCCCCGACGCCGCCAAGUCGUGGGACAUGCUCUCCGAGAGAAUAGCGGGCGCUCCCCCGGCCGAGGCGGUGCUGCGGAAGGACGGAGACUCGGGCGCUCCGACGGUUGUGGAGGUGGCAACUCUGGCGGGGAACGACGAUAUGCAGCUCGACGAGACUGCUCAGCCGAAUGGCUCUGCAGCUCAGCGCGCACCCGCGUCGCCGCGGCCGCUGCCACCUGUGCCUGAAGUUGUCGCCAAAGAGCGUGCUGCGGCCGCGGCUGCGCCGCCCCCCCAGAAGGCGGAACCUGAGGCGGUCGAGUUCGAGGAGAUCGUCAACUCGAUGCCUGUCCAGCCUUUCUGGAAGAUGCCGCCGCAGAAGUCGGACAUCCCCGUCGGCGUGCGCCUGAGGGUUUUCGACAACGGCGGCGCCAAGGAGGUGGCGAGCAUGGCGGUGACCCAGACUGUCAUCUUUGGUCAGGAUGUGGAGAGGGCGCACGUCGUCGACCGGCGAGGCGUUGGAGUGCACCCGGAGCAUCUCGCCUUACUGCACACUCCCAAGGGCUUCUUCUUGCAGCCCAUCUCGGGACAGAGCACGCUCUCCUCCGUUGUGCACCACCGGCCCCUCCUGGUCAAGCUGCGCGGCGAGACCAGCAAGAUGCAGGCGGAUCGGUCAGAGAAGGUCAAGGCGCUCCUCGACCAGAUGGAGAAGCAGCCCGCCAAUGCGGUGCUCUUCCAAGCAGGCGACGGGCGCAAGAAGCUCACCGGGCAGAGCUGCGCCUUCAGCCUGGGCCGCUCGGAGCGCAUCUA